AUGAAGAUUUCUUCGGUUCUCGGGCUCGCCGGCCUGGUGGCCCUGUCGCAGGCCGCCAGGAUCGCCAGAGACUACGACAAGAACGACUACUACGUCCUGCAUCUCGACCGCUCAGUACAGCCUGCCGACGUUGCCGCGCGCCUGGGCCUGACGCACGAGGGCCAGCUCGGAGAGCUCACCGACCACCACGUCUUCCGCGCCGAGAAGGAUGAGCGAGAUUUGGUGAGGGACGAGGUUCGGGAGCGCAAGAGGAGGAAGCGAGACCUUGGCGGGUUCGACGUUCUCGACGGCGUCCUUUUGAUAACCAAGCAAAAGGCUCGCAACCAUUUGCAAAAGAGAAUCAUUCCGCCGCGUCCGCCCAGCGAUUUGCUGCCCCGCCUGCCUCAAUCGCCGGACGCUACUGUUGUCAAGAUGCAAGAGAGUGUCAUGGAGGAGCUGCAGAUUUCCGACCCGAUAUUCAAGGAGCAGUGGCAUCUGCUCAACACGGUGCAGGUUGGCCACGACGUCAAUGUAACUGGGCUUUGGCUCGAGGGCAUCACGGGCAAGAACGCGACUGUCGCUAUGGUCGACGACGGCUUGGACAUGUACAGCCGGGAUCUGAAGGACAAUUACUUCGCCGAAGGCUCGUGGGACUUCAACGACAACGACCCGGAGCCGAAGCCCGAGCUGUCCGACGACAGGCACGGAACCAGAUGCGCCGGCGAGAUCUCUGCUGUCCGCAACGAUGUGUGCGGCCUCGGCGUUGCCUACGACUCCAAGAUUGCCGGCAUUCGCAUCCUUAGUAGUGCCAUCAGCGAUGCGGACGAGGCCGAGGCCAUGAUUUACAAGUUCCAGGACAACCAGAUCUACUCCUGCUCUUGGGGGCCUCCGGACGAUGGCCGAUCCAUGGAAGCCCCCGACGUCCUCAUCCGACGAGCCAUGCUCAAGGGCGUCCAGGAGGGCCGAGGAGGUCUCGGCUCCAUCUAUGUCUUUGCUAGUGGUAACGGUGCCGCUAGCGGCGACAACUGCAACUUUGAUGGAUACACCAACUCCAUCUACAGCAUUACGGUUGGCGCCGUUGAUCGUGCCGGCCAGCACCCGUAUUAUUCGGAGCACUGCUCUGCCCUGCUCGUGGUCACCUACAGCAGCGGUGGCGGUGACGGUAUACACACUACUGAUGUCGGAGAAAACUCCUGCUAUGGCAUGCAUGGUGGUACGUCGGCCGCGGCACCGCUUGCGGCGGGUAUCUUUGCCUUGGUCAUGCAAGUCCGUCCGGACCUGACGUGGAGAGACCUCCAGUACCUUGCCAUGGACACGGCCGUCCAACUGGCCGACCAGACAGAUGCUGAGUGGCAGACGACUGCCGCUGGGAGACAAUUCAGCCAUACCUUUGGUUAUGGCAAGAUUGACUCGUACUCACUGGUUGAAAAGGCCAAGACGUGGCAGAAAGUGAAGCCCCAGGCCUGGUUUUUUUCCCCUUGGCUGCACAUCAAAAAGGACAUUCCCCAAGGCAACGACGGCUUGGUUGUGAGCUUUGACGUGACCGCCGACAUGCUCAAGGAGGCCAACUUGGCUCGUCUGGAGCAUGUCACCGUCACCAUGAAUGUCGAGCAUACUCGACGUGGCGAUUUGAGCGUGGAUCUCAUCAGUCCCGAGAACGUCAUCAGCCAUAUUGCGGUGACUCGCAAGCAGGACGACCACAAGGGCGGUUACGAUGACUGGACCUUUAUGAGUGUAGCUCACUGGGGCGAGUCUGGCGUUGGAAGGUGGACGCUGGUGGUGCGAGACACGGAGGUGAACAGCGAAAAGGGCAACUUCAUCGACUGGCACCUCAAGCUUUGGGGCGAGAGCAUCGAUGCCAGCCAGGCCCGGAUCCUGCCCAUGCCGUCAGAGGAUGACGACGCCGACCACGAUCUGAUCGUAUCUACCACGGCUGCGGCAACCGUUCCCACUGAUCACCCCGUGCGGCCGACGAAGCCCGGAGCCAAGCCUACGGAGACGAAGAAGCCUCAAGAGGGCACUGCGGACGGAAAGCCGACCGACACCGAGCACGACAAGGUCGCCUCUGGGACUCCCGCCGCGCCGCCAUCCAGCACGACCAGCGCGUCCUCGUGGGUGUCGUGGCUUCCCACGUUUGGAACCAAGGCCAAGAUCUGGAUCUACGGCGCCAUGGGCUUGAUCGCCGCCUUCUGCUGCGGCCUGGGCGUCUACCUCUGGAUCGCCCGCCGGCGCCGCCUGCGCAACAACCCCCGCAACAACUACGAAUUCGAGCUCCUCGACGAGGAGGAGACGGAAGGCCUCAACAGCGCGGAGAAGGGACCCGGCGGCGCGGGCAAGAAGUCUCGCCGGACCCGCGGCGGGGAGCUGUACGACGCGUUUGCGGGCGGGAGCGACGACGACGACGAGUUUGACGAGUACAGGGAUCGGGCGGCCGACAGGCUGGCCGGGCAUAACCCCGAUGAUGAGCUGCCGGAGCAUUACGUCGUUGGGGAGGAGGAGGAGAGCGAUGAUGAUGAUGAUGAUGAAGCCGAGAAGCAGAGGUUACGGCGUUAA